ACCCUCGGCCCGGCCAGGUGUGCGCCCUCUGUGUGGCGGGCUGCGCAGGGGGCGGCCGGGCUGGGGACUGAGUCAGGUAGAAGAGUCGAUAAAACCACCUGAUCACGGAGAAGGACGGCACAGCCGGGCGCAAAGGAGAACUCCCCGCCGCCGCCGGAGCGCCGGCACCCACCCUGCACAGGCGCCCGGCCAUGCCUGCGCUCUGGCUGAGCUGCCUCGGCGUCGCGCUGCUGCUGCCUGCGGCCGCGGCCACCUCCAGGAGGGAAGUCUGUGAUUGCAAUGGGAGGUCCCGGCAAUGCAUCUUUGACCAGGAGCUUCACUGGCGGACAGGCAAUGGCUUCCGAUGUCUCAACUGCAAGGACAACACUGACGGUCCACGCUGCGAGAGGUGCAGGGAGGGCUUUUACCGGCACCGGGACAGAGACAGCUGCCUGCCUUGCAACUGUCACUCCAAAGGUUCUCUCAGUCCUCGAUGUGACAACACUGGACGGUGCACCUGUAAGCCAGGUGUGACAGGAGACAGGUGUGACCGAUGUCUGCCAGGCUUCCACACGCUCACUGAUGCGGGGUGCACCCAAGACCGGAGACGACUAGACUUCAAGUGUGACUGUGACCCAGCUGGCAUUGCAGGGCCGUGUGACUCUGGCCACUGUGUGUGCAAACCAGCUGUCACCGGAGAGCGCUGCAACGGGUGUCGACCAGGUUACUAUCAUCUGGAUGCGGAAAAUCCUGAGGGUUGUACCCAGUGUUUUUGCUAUGGCCACUCAGCCAGCUGCCGCAGCUCCGCAGACUACAGUGUGCAUAAGAUCACAUCUACCUUCCAGCGAGAUGUUGAUGGCUGGAGGGCUGUCCAAAGAAACGGGUCUUCUGCAAAGCUCCAUUGGUCGCAGCGUCACCAGGAUGCAUACACCUCAGCCCGGAGAGACCCUGUCUUUUUUGUGGCCCCUGCCAAAUUCCUUGGGAAUCAGCAGGUGAGCUAUGGGCAAAGCCUGUCUUUUGACUACCGUGUGGACAGGGGAGGCAGACACUCAUCCGCUCAUGAUGUGAUCCUGGAAGGUGCCGGUCUACAGAUCACAGCUCCCUUGAUUCCACAUGGGAAGAUACUGCCCUGUGGAGUUACCAAGACUUACACAUUCAGAUUAAACGAACACCCAAGCAGUAACUGGAGCCCCCAGCUGAGUUAUUUUGAGUAUCGAAGGUUACUGCGGAACCUCACAGCCCUCCGGAUCCGAGCUACGUACGGAGAGUACAGUACUGGGUAUAUUGACAAUGUGACCCUGAUUUCGGCCCGCCCCGUCUCUGGAGCUCCAGCACCCUGGGUGGAACACUGUGUGUGUCCUGUUGGGUACAAGGGGCAGUUCUGCCAGGAUUGUGCUUCCGGCUAUAAAAGAGAUUCAGCAAAACUGGGGCCUUUUGGCACCUGUAUUCCAUGUAACUGCCAAGGAGGAGGGGCCUGUGAUCCAGACACAGGAGAUUGUUAUUCAGGGGAUGAAAAUCCCGACAUCGAUUGUGCCGACUGUCCCAUUGGCUUCUACAAUGAUCCACAGGACCCCCGCAGCUGCAAGCCAUGCCCCUGUCACAAUGGGUUCAGCUGCUCCGUGAUGCCGGAGACAGAGGAGGUGGUGUGCAACAACUGCCCCACGGGGGUCACUGGUGCCCGCUGUGAGCUCUGUGCUGAUGGCUACUUUGGGGACCCCUUUGGGGAGCGUGGCCCAGUGAGGCCUUGUCAGCCCUGUCAGUGCAACAACAACGUGGACCCCAGCGCCUCCGGGAACUGUGACCGGCUGACAGGCCGGUGUUUGAAGUGCAUCCACAACACAGCCGGCUUCAACUGUGACCAGUGCAAGAUGGGAUACUUUGGAGACCCACUGGCUCCUAAUCCAGCCAACAAGUGUCGAGCUUGCAACUGCAACCCUGUGGGUUCGGAGCCUGGACAGUGUCGGAGUGACGGCAGCUGUGUUUGCAAGCCAGGAUUUGGUGGCCUCAACUGUGAGCACAGAGCAUUACCCAACUGUCCAGCUUGCUACAGUCAAGUGAAUACUCAGAUGGCUCAGUUUAUGGAACAGCUUCAGGGCCUGGAGGCCCUGAUUUCAAAGGCACAGGGUGGCAGUGGCACAGUACCCAACUCAGAGCUGGAAGGCAGGCUGCAGCAGGCUGAGCAGGCCCUUCAGGACAUUCUGAGAGAAGCCCAGAUUUCGGAAGGUGCUAGUAGAUCCUUCAGUCUCCAGUUGGCCAAGGCAAGGGGCCAAGAAAACAGCUACCGGGACCGCCUGGAUGACCUCAAGAGGACCAUGGGAAGGGUUCAGGCCCUGGGAAGUCAGUAUCAGAACCGAGUUCAGGACACUCGAAAGCUCAUCGCACAGAUGCGCCUGAGCCUGGCUGAAAACGAAGCUUCCCUGAGAAACUCGGACAUUUCUCCCUCUGACCGAUAUGUGGGACCAAAUGGCUUUAAAGAUCUGGCUGAGGAGGCUAUGCGGCUGGCAGACAGCCAUGUUGAAUCAGCCAGUAACAUGGAGCAACUUGUACGGGAAACCGAGGAUUACUCUAAACAGGCCUUAAUACUGGCCAGCAAGGCUGUGAGGGGAGGUGUCGGAAGUGCCAUCACUGACAACAGUGCAGUACAAGGACUUACGGGAAAAUUGGAGAAAACCAAGUCCCUGGCCCAGCAGUUGUCCAGGGAGGCCACUCAGACUGACACUGAAGCAGAUCAGUCUUAUCAGCAUAGUCUCCGCCUUCUGGAUUCAGUGUCUCAGCUUCAUGGAGUCAGUGAUCCAUCCUUUCAGGUGGAAGCAAAGAGGAUCCAACAGAAAAUUGAUUCUCUCUCAAGCCUGGUGAACAGGCGUACAGAUGAGGUCAAGCGGGUGCAAAGCAAUUUGGGAAACUGGGAAAAAGAAACCCAGCAGCUACUACAGGACGGAAAGAAUGGGAUACAGAAAUCAGGUCAGCUGCUUUCCCGUGCCAACCUUGCGAAAAGCAGAGCCCAAGAAGCACUAAGUAUGGGCAAUGCUACUUUUUAUGAAGUUGAGAACAUCCUAAAGAACCUCAGAGAAUUUGACCUGCAGGUAGAAGACAGAAAAGCAGAAGCUGAAGACGCCAUGAGGAGACUCUCCUACGUCAGCCAGAAGGUCGCAGAUGCCAGUGACAAGACGGAGCAAGCCGAAGGGGCACUGGGCAGUGCCACUGUCAAUGCCCAGCGGGCAAAGAGUGCGGCAAGGGAGGCACUGGAGAUCAGUGGCAAAGUAGAACAGGAGAUAGGGAGUCUGAACUUGGAAGCUAAUGUGACAGCAGAUGGGGCCUUGGCCAUGGAAAAGGGACUGGCCACUCUAAAGAGCGAAAUGAGAGAGGUGGAAGGAGUGCUGGCCAGGAAGGAGCUGGAGUUUGAUACAGACAUGGACGCAAUGCAGAUGGUUAUUACCGAAGCCCAGAGAGUUGAUACCAGAGCCAAGAAUGCAGGUGUUACAAUCCAAGACACGCUCAACUCAUUGGACAGCAUCCUACACCUAAUAGACCAGCCUGGGAGUGUGGAUGAGGAGGGACUGGCCUUAUUGGAGCAGGAGCUUUUCCAAACGAAGACCCAGAUUAACAGCCAACUGCGGCCCUUGAUGUCAGAGCUGGAGGAGAGGGCACGUCGACAGAAGGGUCACCUCCGCUUCCUGGAGCUAAGCAUAGAUGGGAUUCUGGCUGACGUGAAGAACCUGGAGAACAUCAGGGACAACCUGCCCCCGGGCUGUUACAAUACACAGGCUCUGGAGCAGCAGUGAAGCUGAACUUGACUAAGCUUCUUGGGAUCCAGGCCUCCGGGAUCAGGGAGCCAUUGUGUGUGGGUGGGGUGGGAUGGGGGCAUUGGAACAUGUUUGAUGGAUGUGCUCAGGUCGACUGAUCCUGACCCCAUCCCUGAGAUCGUGGCCCCCAAUGUCUUACUGUACCAGCCUGGUGCUGUUUGCUUCCUGGUACUGCGGGGCAGUGAGACAGAUGGCAUGGGGUGUGAGACUGAUGGAGGACCUGGGAAUCCAAGAACAGACUGGUUGGAAGGAAAAACUGCACAGGCAGACAUUUGCCUCAGAACAGUCAGAAACAGAGUUCUGGAAUCUGGACAAGUGCUGUGGGUUAUGGUCAUCUUAUUUGAACAAUGUGACUAAAAGGACCAUUUGUUACUUCUCCCAGGCAUUAAAAAUUCUUCCUGAUGGCAGAACACACUAACGUCCGAUCAUGCUAUGGCCAGUAAAAAUCCUGUUGCUUUCCGUUGUCCACUGCAGGCUUCUCUAUGACCAGAGUUCCUCCCACUCACCCCCUUACAUGAGCAUGUGCUCCACUUGCAAGCUAGAAGGAGCAGGGAUGGACUGAGGGCCUGGAAGCACGGCCUGGCCCCCUGGGAGCGGCGGUGCCGGCUGGUGACUGCCACCUUCAUGCUCCGGGCCCAGGAGUGAUAUCCUUUCUCAUAAUAAUGCCAUGACAUUCUGGAGAUGAUAUUUUUAUUAAAGCUUUUUUUUUUUUAUCCCACAAAUCAAAUAUCACAAAGGUAUUUACUUUUGGGUUUCAAAAUGAUGGAAAAAAAUUAUCACUUGGGCACUGAAAGAGGUGAAAUUAUCAAAAAAAAAGAUUCAUUAGUCCUCAUUCAUUCCUACUUUUCAAACACUACAAAUCACACAAUUAUCUCUCACCCUGUAGCAGAAAAUGUCCCCAGCCACCUUUGAGCUGGAAGAAUCCAUCCUUCCAUCAUGCUUCCGACAUAUAUUUAUUGAGCCUAUAUCGUGUAGCAGGGCAGACAGUACAGAAGUGCCCUUGUAUGGCUCACUGUCUGGUGAGGAAGACCAACAUUAAAAACAUAACAAAUUUAAGCUUAACAAAUUUGUGCAUCACCAGUGGUAGUUUCCCCAAUUACCCUUUGGUCUGCAACCUCUUUUCUUAACAGAACAUGUGUUGCAAGAGAUUCCCACGGGGGCACUUGAGUUGGGACAAAGCUGACCGAGCUUUGGGUUGCACACACUUCUCUGCAUUCCAGCUGUCCCUCCGCCCCUGCCACAACGGAUUGCGACAGACUGUUGAGUCAUGGUAACCAGUGGGAAUUGCUGAAGGAACCAGCGGCACUUUCACCUCAGCUUGGAACUUUCCUCCUGCCUCACUUCUUUAUUUCCUUGGCUUCUCAUGGACAUGUUUUCAAAUAAAGAACAAUUGUUAGA